GGGGGCCGGAGGGGAGAAGGGCGGCCGCCCGCACCUCCGUUCGGGGGUUCUUGGGCCGUGGAGGGGGACCACGCACCCAUUUGCAGAUGGGGAGACUGAGGCCCCAAUCCUUCGGUUCAUCAGGGGGGUCUAUGUCCUGAAGUCUUGGCGCCCGUCGUCUCAUUCUGCUCUCACAGCAGCCCGGAGCUGUUCUGUGGGGUCCUCGUCUUACAGCAGUGACACUGAGGCACGGGGAGGUGGCCGUAGGAAAAGACCCCUGACAUCUGACCUUAUGAAGCAUCUUCUUUGUGCCAGGCACUUUAAUGUGUGCGGGCACGCUCUCCAGUCCUUUACGUCGGGUGCCGUUAUGAGCCCAUCUUACAACUGAGGGAUUUGAGGCGCAGGACUCGGCUAAAAUCACACAGUCUGCAGGUGGCAAAGAUGGGACCUGAAUCCAUGUUUGACCCCAAAACUCAAGGCUCGACCAUCCGAGAGAGAGGCGAGCACUUACCGCAGGACAAGCACAGAUGAUUCUCCUCUGAGCCAGGACUCCACACCCAGACCUCUCCUGCUCUUUGCUCUGGAAUGUUCAGGGCAUAAGCUCCUCUCCCUGACCCUGUUUCCCCCAAGAGUGAAUUUCCUGUGGAAGGAAUGGUAGGCAGGACUCUGGAGCCUUUCCCUGCCCAGCUUUCCAUCCCACUGGAGGGUGACAGUGAUGAGUGACAGCUGCCUGUCCUGGGACCUGUCAUCCCCAAGGAGAUGCCAGAUAAAACCUUCAGGGAGAAACCAAAAUCAGCUACUGCCACAGACAGCCUUGACUUCCCUAUCUGGAGGCCCAGGACACCAGUUGUCACUUCACAAAACAGCCUUUCCCACAGAGCCAGCCCACGUUGUGGUUGAACAGAAUUGGCUUGUUGCUUCUCAGUUCUGGUGUCCACAAAAGUGGAGCUGACUUUUUCCCAUGCCACAAAAAUAGCCAUUCACAUGGAAAGGAUUGACCUGGAAGGAACACCGUUCAAUGCGGUGGCAUGUGAGUGAGCUGUGCAGCCUAGCACACUUCCUUGCACGCUGCCUCUGGAGCAGAGAAGCAGGAGCAUGGUCACUGAGCCCAGAGGUUGAUUACAAAUGGGGAAAAUCUAGGAAACUGGCUUUGUUUUACCCAAACUGAAACCCAGUCACCUAAACUCCCGGAAUCCCGUGAUAAGCGGCUGAUUCCAUCCUUGUCUCCUCCAGGAGCAGCACCUUACAAUUAGGUGCCAGGUGCAGAGUAGAGGGAGUUGGACUGGAAAUCACCAUGCCUGGUUCCCUCCUGCUGUUUGCCCUUGAACAAGCACUUCACCUCUCUGAGCCCCGUUGUCUUCAGUUUAGGGGUGAUGCGUUCUGCCUUGGCCACUGGUUGGCUGAGGUUCAGAAGUGUACAGUGAAGAUGGGCCUGUCACCACUGCCAGAGGCUGUCCUGAGGAAGCAACACGGCUCCUGUAGUGACGACCUCCCACCCCUGGGCACAGGAAUUGACUUUAAAAUUAGGACCAUAGAACUUGAUGGCAAGAGAAUUAAACUACAGAUAUGGGACACAGCUGGUCAGGAACGCUUCCGGACGAUCACAACAGCCUACUACAGGGGCGCGAUGGGCAUCAUGUUGGUCUACGACAUCACCAACGAGAAGUCCUUCGACAACAUCCAGAACUGGAUUCGGAACAUUGAGGAGCACGCCUCUGCAGACGUCGAAAAGAUGAUUCUCGGGAACAAAUGUGACGUGAACGACAAGAGACAAGUUUCCAAGGAGCGGGGAGAAAAGCUGGCCCUGGACUAUGGAAUCAGAUUCAUGGAGACCAGUGCGAAGGCCAACAUCAAUGUGGAGAAUGCGUUUUUCACUCUCGCCAGAGACAUCAAAGCAGAAAUGGACAAAAAAUUGGAAGGCAACAGCCCCCAGGGGAGCAACCAGGGCAUCAAAAUCAUGCCAGACCAGCAGAAGAAGAGCAGCUUUUUCCGAUGUGUUCUGUGAGGAGCGAUGCCUUCCUCUGAGCCUCGCUCAGCGGAGCGGACUGUGCCUGUCCUGAGUGAGCCCCUCGCCCGGCCGGGCUCCCCCUCCAACGCCCCUGCCGCGCGUGGCCACCAGGCCCACGGCUGCUACCAGAACACAAUCAAGAAAUUGUUUGUUUUAGUAAAUGUCUGAUCUUUUUCAACUUUGGAGAUGGAGUAAGUUAAGAAUUUGCUAUUUUCUCUUGACGUCUGCCGAAUGGGCCUGCUCACUGUGUAACUAGAGAGAAAGGGGGACUGUCAGCCAGCGCGGUGGGCCUGCCUCUCUGGGCCUUCGAUCCUCAUCUCGCUGAGACACAACUAAAGCCCCACCAGAAAGCCCAUCCACGUCCCCCACCCCAGAGGCCAGGCCCCCAGAGACCAGCAGUGAUUCCAAGGAGCGCCAGGCGCCGCACCCCAAGCGCGGCGGCCCACACCGGAAGCAUCCACCCAGACAUCUGAGGCCCACUUUCUCUUCUCUAAAUAUCGGACAAGUGACAAAAAGCAUUGUUAUCCUCCUGCCCCUGUCUUCUUUUUAACUGUCAAACCAAAGGGAAGCACAAAUUAGGAACUCCUGAGGAAAGCAUGGGGUGGCUUUUCCUGUACCCAGCCAGGCCUCAGGCGUGGGCAGCGGGCCUCUCUGCAGCCCCCACCUGGGCAUUGAGGGGGUGCCAUGCGUGCCACGGGCAACCCCGAAAACAGCCACACGUGGCCCGCCCGCAACUGGGGCUCCUGCCUCCUCCCCCAAAUGGCCCCCUGCUCUGCUUCACCCCCGCUGUCUCCAAACCAGACGUUCUUUCUAGCUGAGAUCUUUAUUUUUCCAGAUCUGUAGUGCCACACAGUGAUUGUGUCUUUGAUGUCCAGUGGCAGACCUACCUGACCGGGAGGGAGCCUGGCAGGCCCCAGCUGGGCGGGGCUGAGUGCCAAGGCAUUCGACACAGACCGCAGCACAGGCUGGGCUGUUUCUACCUACGGUCACCUGGUUCCUUGUUGACAGCUCUGUUUCCCCGUGGAGACGGUGCAGUGGGGACCAGGGAGCCUCUAUUCCCCACCCCCUACCCCGCUGCUGUCAUUCCAAGCCAUUGGCAUCAUAGUUCCUUUUUUAAAUUAAAACCUAUGUACCAGCAAUAGCCUGCUCUCCCCCGGAUUCUGCUAACAUGCUCUGUUUACAUCGAUAAUGCACUUCAGGAAAACAAAUUAAAGCUCAUUUUAAAGUUAA